AUGUACAUGCGCAUUCGAGACAUGCUUCGAAACCAUACUCGCGAACUCAUGCGUGAUGCUUAUGAACGAGUAUCUCCAGUCAUGCAACCUGUGUUCUACGAUUUCCCCCAGGAUGAGAAGUGUUGGGGCGCUGAUUUUGAAGAUCAAUUCAUGUACGGUCAAAAGUACCUGGUCGCUCCCGUGCUGUGUGCCUCUCAGAGGAAGCGCUUAGUGUACUUGCCCGCUAGUGAGACAUGGAAAACUUUAGACACAGAGUAG